GCGGCUCGAUGGAGCUCGGAGUGCUGCGCCGCGCCUGGCCCGCCGCCACCGCCUUCUUCGCCGCCCGCCUCGGCGCGAUCGCCGCAGGCACCGCCGCGGGAGCGGCGAGCUCGGGCGCGCCGCAGGCGAUGCGCCGCUUUGGCUGGCUGGGCUUCGUCACGCAGGCGGGCGUCUCGCUCGGCCUGGUGGACGAGAUUGGCGCGAGGUUCGAGUGGGCGGCGCCGCUGCAGUCUGCGCUCGCGGCGUCCAUCGUCCUCAACCAGCUCGUGGGUCCUCCGAUGCUCAAGCUCGCCCUCCGCCGCUCGGGCGAGACGGACGCCCUCGCCGAGCGGGGCGAGCCGCUGCUAGGGCAGCGCUUGGCCGACACCGCGACGCCAGAGGUGGCCAUGGCCGUGAUGGCCUCCGCCGCUGCCGCCGCGUCGGAGAUCGGCUCCAGCGUUGCGGAAGCGUACGGCGCGGCGCUGGACUCGUACGCGCCGCGGAGGGACUAAGAACGUAUAGAGUACAAUCGGUGGGGCAGUAGUUGCAUCGCUUCUUCGUAUUUUUCCACCUUUUCCGCCUC